UCGAGUCGAGAGUCGAGACGAGAUCAUAGAUACCUAAACGUCUUCGUCAGUCCUCAGAAACGCACAUAAUUCCAGCAAAGGGCUUCUGCUGUGGUCGAUUAAUUGUAGGUGUUUUAUUUUAUUGUAAUUCAUUUCGCGUGUUAAAUUUGUAGUCUCAUAACUAAAAGUGAAUGUAGAAUGCUAAAUUUCGGACAGAAAUAUAUGUGAACUGACUGAUACUUGUGCACAAAUUCUUAAAGAUAUGGCCAGUGAAUCAAACAGUGUAAGGACAAAGUUAUGUUAAUGCUCUCCCCAUGUCACCGGGUUCCACCUAUGUACCUGGCACUUGAAGACUUAAAGUGUCGGCAGAGAUGGUGAAGUGACCGAAGCGAGAUGGUGCCGUGUGUGGUGGUUCUGCUGCUGGUAGGGGCGUCGCUCUUGCAAGCUCUCGACAUAUCUCAAUGCAUUGCGCCCCUCGGCAUGGAGAGCGGGCUUAUCCCCGACAAGGACGUCAGCGCCAGCUCCUCUUUCAACGACGGCAACGUGGGACCACAGAAUGGAAGGUUAAAUCAAGAAAUUAAAGGCGGCGCGUGGUGUCCCAAGCCGCAGAUCACGACUGAAUCCACAGAGUGGUUGGAGAUCGACUUGCAUUCUGUUCAUGUGAUUACCGGGACCGGGACUCAAGGCCGCUUCGGCAACGGCCAGGGGGCGGAGUACGCGGAGGCCUACGUUUUGGAGUACUGGAGGCCUAAAUUGGGGAAAUGGGUUCGGUACAGUUCCGCUGAUGGACAAGAAAUACUAACUGGAAACACAAACACUUACUUGGAGAAGAAGAAUCAUCUUGAGCCGCCUAUCUGGGCGUCCAAAAUCCGGUUCAUCCCCUACAGCUCUCACCGGAGGACCGUCUGCAUGAGGGUAGAGUUGUACGGCUGCUAUUGGAGCGUGGGCAUAGUCGCGUACUCUAUGCCGAAGGGCAACAAGAAGAGUAACGGAGUAGAACUGACUGACAUGAUCUACGACGGGCAAUGGGGUGAUGAGCUCAAAGGGGGUCUCGGGCAGCUGGUGGACGGUCAGUUCGGCGGAGACGAGAUCAGGGAGGCCGCGAAGAACUCCGCCUGGGUCGGCUGGAGAAAUGACUCCACAACCCCUCCCGUUAUCACUUUCGAGUUUGAUAAAGUGAGGGAGUUCAGCGCUGUGCAUCUCUUCUGCAAUAAUAAGUUCAUGAGGGAUGUGCAGGUUUUCUCGGAGGCCAUAAUAUCGUUCUCUAUCGGGGGGCGGCACUUCCAGAACGAUCCCAUCCGUUACACGUACGUCGAGGACAAGAUCUUUGAGUCCUCGCGCAACGUGAGCAUCAAGCUGCACCAUCGUAUUGGGAAGUGGGUUAGGAUCGAACUCCGCUUCUCAGCCCGCUGGAUUCUCAUCAGCGAGGUCGUUUUUGAUUCGGACGUAGCCCAAGGGAACUACACGCCGGAGAGUCUCAAACCGCUGACCAAAGACAAAACGAAGCUCACAACUCCUAACAAAGAAGUGCCCAUAUCCACCGCCCACCAAGAGGAUCCCCUCUACAUGGCGAUAGUAGUCGGAGUGUUAACCGCAUUAGUGAUAUUACUAGCAGUCGCAGUUUUCCUCAUAGUUCAUAGACAUAGACACAGAAAAUGUUUCGCGUCGCCUCUAGCCAAAACUAUAGUAGCUCAACGGCCGACGGACUCGUACAGUGCGUGCGGCACCUCGAUGUUGCCAGAUAACAAAAUGAUAAUAGACUGCGGUUUAGACGUGAAGUCUGACGAGUACCAAGAGCCGUACCAGGCGUUGAAGUGCGCGCCGUAUUUUAGCUAUAGCACUGUACUGCUCGAGAUGAAAGACUUCGUUAAGGACUCCAAUACGGCGCUCUCAGACAGCUCCAACUACGACUACGCAGUGCCCGAGCUCAGCUCCGCUCCGCUGCUCACAAAACGCCGAUUGGACAGUCUCUCUGAGCAUGGAACAGCGCUCAUGUGUGAUAUAGACCACGACAUGAGGGCCAGUUCCGUACGAUCCAAGCACAGUAACAGGCAGUCGCCGAGCCAACAAGAAGUGUUCUUGGAGUUGAAGCGGCGACUGGAGUCUAGCAACGUGAUCGAGUUUCCGCGGCAUCGCCUGCGCAUGAUCUCCAAAUUGGCGGAGGGCGGCUUCGGGACGGUUUACGUGGCCGAAGCGGAUGGAGUGCCAGAAUACAACGGGACCAUAACUUCUGAGAAGCGAUUAGUCGCAGUCAAGUUCUUGUGCCACGACGCCACGGCUAAGGAGAGGUACAUCAUGGAGGAAUUCGAGCGUGACGUCAGAAUCCUCGCCGCGUUAUCUUCCCCCCACCUCGCUCGAGUGCUGGGCGCCUGUCGCACCCCACCACUGGCCGUGGUGCUGGAAUACCUGGAGCUGGGCGAUCUGUGCGCGUUCCUGAGGACCGCCGCGCCUCAGUCGACGCCCACGCUUCUGCACGUGGCGACGCAAAUAGCGGCCGGCAUGCAGUAUCUGGAGUCGCUGAAUUUCGUUCACAGGGAUUUGGCUGCUAGGAACUGCUUAAUCGGCAAAAACUUCCAAGUGAAGAUAAGCGACUUCGGCACAGACAACGAGGCUUACGCUUGCGACUAUUACAAGGUCGAUGGCAGAAUCCCACUACCGUUGAGGUGGGCGGCCUGGGAGUCCGUGCUGCGGGGGAAAUAUACUACGAAGAGCGACGUGUGGGCCUUCGCAGUCACUCUACAUGAGAUCUUCACGCUUUGCCGGCGGAGGCCGUAUGAACAUAUGACGGAAGCUGAGGUACUAGAAAACCUGACGCACCUUCAAGCCGACGACGGCAUGUUCGAGGUCAUGGACCGGGUUCCGGGGCUUCCCCGCGACCUCUACGACAUCAUGUGCGAAUGUUGGCGGCGAGACGAGUUGGACCGCCCGACUUUCGCCGAAAUACACCUUUUCCUACAAAGGAAAAGUCUGAACUACGCGACCACGUGAUCCUGGCGAAUUGCAUGCCCGAACAUGCCGGGCGUGUAUUAGCAAAGCCGACGGGGCAAAAGUUGAGAGUGCAACUGUUUUAACGAAGCGGUCACUAGGUUUUAGGUAUUCGUGGGUGAUACACGCAUAUUUGGUUGUACAUUGAACUCUUACGGUGAGGGUAACCUCCAUAAAACCUGCAAUUUUAGGUAUCUGAAUGUGUAACCGACUAAUUAUGAGCAGAAUUAGCAAUCCAGUUUUCAGCAUUUUGGGUCAUUUUUAUAUUGAAGGGUCUGUGUAAUAUCUUAUUCUUGUGUGGUCUUAUAAUAACUGAUACAUUAAUUCAAAUCAGUGAGAGCAUUAUACUUAACUCUAAUAGCCAUAUCAGUACUAUAAGAUCUAUAUUGAAUCAGAAAAAAUUGUUUCUGUAGGUACUUCAUAAUCAUAAUUAAUUGCAAACAUUUUUUUUGUAGUGUCCUAAUAGGCCACGUUUAUCUGUAGUUUGGCUUAAUGAUAGAAUUAAUUCAAAUAGUGACAGGUUGCUAGCCCAUCGCCGGAAACAAGAAUCCCAAGUUUACAAGCCUAUCCCUUAAGCGCCUUUUAUGACAUCCUUAGAUAAGAGAUAGAGCGGUCCUAUUCUUUUUUCUAUUGUUUCUUUGCAAUUUGUUUUUUAACUGUCAAGUGAGUGGGGGUGUCGCUCGUAAUUUUACAAGAAAGACCAUGGUGCGAUCUUUUCUAAAUUGUGACCUGUGUAACAGAACUUGUACAUGUUUUUAUGUUGCAAUAAAAAAAGGUUUUCAAUGUUUCUGAUAUGCGUGUAUUUCUAGAAUACGAUUUGUAUGAAGUGGAAUAUAUGCGAUCUUUUUAAAUUUAAAUAAAGUCGCAUAUAUCCUUGGUAAGAUUUCGAUUGGUUUUCGAUUUAUACAAUAGCGUUGUUGUCGGUCCAUCCAUCACGUCUAUAUCCCUUGCGGGGUAGACAGAGCCAGCAGUCCUGAAAAACUGACAGGCCACGUUCAGCUCAGUAGGCUCAAUGACAAUUUUGUUGUUAUUAAAUCUAUGUAUCAAUAGUAACGAGUUAAAUAGUUAUUAACAUAUAAAUAUAUACAUAAACGUGUAGUUAAUCUAGUUAAAUCGAAAACCAAUUACGAGUGACCAUAGCGACGGAACUCAACAUUUGCUCCGAAAUUUAUCGAGGCGUAUACUCACGUUGGGCGUUUGUUUGUGCGUACGCGCACGCAGCGAUCUGUCAUCGUAGCGUGACAUACUACAAUUCUCUACCUACUUCAAAAUAAAGAGGUUCUCAAUUUGUCACGAUACUUUUUGUAUUGAGUUAAUUCUUCGCUGAGAGCUUGACUGUCGUUAUUUUUAACAUUGACUCGAUAUUUUAAAGGCUAUAAGUACUGUUGUAAAGACUGAGAAAUUCUCUAUCAAUGAUUAACCUAGAUUAAAUCGUUGUCAAUAAUCCUAUUAUGUGAUUAUUAUUUUUUUAAAUCACUUACCUUAAACGUGUGAUCGUUGUAAAAGUUAUAAGUUUACGUGUAUUUAUUUUACAUUGUAUGAAUGUAUUAUUAUACUUUACUGCAGUUUUCAUGGUGCGAAUUUAUUUAUAUUUAUACUACAUGUUGAAUUAUGACAUUGCUAUUAUUUUUAUAUAGAUUUUCCUUUACUCUGAUUGCAAACUUACACGAGCUUACACACAUGGGAUACUAAUGUUGUUUUUUCCAUUGGCCAAUAUUUUGAAGGUGCAAUUUUAAGUUAUGAAUUUUUGGCGGGAAAAUAAGCUUCAAUUUUUUUUUUAAACACCACGAAUAUAUGAUUCCUCCCCGCUAUUUUCUUCAAGUGCAAGACUGUUUUGAUAAUGUGUUUAUGUUAAUAACUUUAUACUUCUUUAGAACAUUCAUAAGCUCGUGUAAAUUAGAAAAAAAAUCGUGAUGAUACAUUACGCUACGAUGUAUAGAUUUAUUGUUUUAUUAAUAUUGUUUUCACGUGAGCUACGUAUAAUAGACAUAUGUAAUCAGAUCUUCCUACACUUCCUCAGAGCUAUCUCGUGUGUUCGACUACACACCUAUCUUGCCUGCCUCUGUUAAUUCAACCCGCUUUAAGCCCUUGUCCUAAACCACAAAGGCAGUAAAUAAAUGUGAUGGUAUUAAAUAUAAGGUAACACACGGCCUAUUUAUAAGCAUACAAUGAAUUACUUUUCCGUCGUUAUUUAUAUGUCAUGUAUUUUGAAUAAUAAUAAUUUUAGAAUAAGUUAUUCGUAAGUUCACAAAUCACACGACACCGCUAAGCUCAAUCAUUUAAUUUAAAUUUAAUUCACACGAUAUUUAAUAAAUAAUAAAGAUCUUCGAAGUACAACGAGUAAAAAUGGCCAUACAUAUGAUAGUUUAAGAAGUGGUUUACAUAUCAUUUUGUACGUCGGACAAGGGUCUAAAGCUGAAUGACAUGUUUUUAGCAAGAAUUUUGUUAAUGGGGUCUAGUUAGCUUUUCCCGCUGUAGGACAGUAUACAUACACUUUUAAUGGUGCAGUGAUAUAAAGUUUUGAGUAAAAUACACCACAUCUCCUUUUUAUUAAUUAUAAACGUGCACUAUACAUAGAUAAAUUUUAAACGUAGGAAUAGUAAAUAAUUGAAGCGCAGACAGGCAAGUCCGGUGUAGCACUAGGUAAAGUUACCAAUCCAUAGUCAUUUAUUUUCAUAAUCACAUUUCACAAAACAUAAAUUAGUAAUAAUAUAUGAUAAGCUGUUAGUUAUAGUUGCAACUGAAUCGAAUAAAUCUUGUUAGAAGUAAUUAAAUAGUUGAAAAGUUGUCUAUUUUCCGUAGUUUGCCGUGGAGUAUACAGUUCAGACAAUACGACUGCGCGCGAUUAGAUAGUGUACCUCCUGUCGCGUUAGUGUUGCCCGCAGCUACACACGCUGGUGUUGCCAGCAUGGAACAUUGAAAUACCAAAAAUAAUGAUAGUUAUAUAGUACUUAUUAAUUGUACUUCGUAAUUUAAAGCUAAUUAAAUUGUUACUUACUUUAUUUAUUAGACAUAGCGUUAUGGUGCAAAUAAAAGCUCAAAUGAUAAUAACGUUUAUUACACCGUUUGAUCAUUAGAAAUCGGCAUUUUAUAUAUAAAUAGAAACUAUUUCUCCUUGAAGACUACCAGUGUUAAAUAUAAGUAUAUUUGUUAAGAUGCCGAUCUUCAAUAAUUCGGCAUUUAUAGGGUUAAGAAAAAAUAUAUUGCCAACUUGUGUAGCUGCGUGUAAAGCCUGUUAACACGAGUAGCAAAACUUGAACACUGAUAUCUUCUAAUAUCGAAAAGAGAAUAUGAAAUUAUUUUUGCUUAUAUCGUGUUGACAGGAUAUGUAAGCUUAUAGUGUAUCAUUAGCUCUAUUUUCUCUGUCGUGGACCGAAACUUACGGCUUAAUCUCUGAGCCUAAUAAGUAAGCACCUAGGUUUAAGGCGUUUAAAUAGAAAUGCAAAGUAGAAAUGUUUUACUUAAUAUUGUGCUACUGUAGCGUAAAGAACGCAGACUUUCCACGUAGUUAAGAUUGUUACAGCUUUAACUUGAUUCCACCUAAUGUACGUUUGAAGCAUCCGUGUAGAUCCAGGUUUUAUAGGCUAGUAUAAGCACUUCUAUUUUCAGAACUCACUUGCAAACUACGACAAUACAAGCAUAAUUAUGUUAUUAAUGUAGUAUUAGGAUUUAAGGUUUUAUAUAUAAAUAAAAAUUGAAUAAGAUGUAUAAAUGGUAUCUUAAUGAUGGUAUAUUUGUAAUUUAUAUUCUCACAAAUUGUUUGUUACCAUCUAUGACAUGUAGUUGCAAUUGAUUUUAUUUAUAUGAAUUUGCUAGUUAUAAAAUGUCAAUUACCUUUUCUUCCAGGUAAUACUUUCAUUGAGUAAUCUAAAUUAAAAAGUUCACUUUUUCUCAAUAUUUCAAUUUUUUUAUGCGACUUUAAAACUUUUACUUUAUAUUCUGAUUGUAUAGGUUUUUCUCAAAAAUUAUCAUGUAAGUUAUAAUGUAUUUAUUAAACAAGUCGCGCUUUUUACGCUGCGGUACCUCUGCGCAGACGGAACCAAUGUUUACUAGGCUAAUCGAAACAUAGAGGUCUAAUUAUUUUCUAAGUAGCAAUUAAAGUUACGCGUUUAAUUUCGUAAAGCUCGCCUUAUUUUCUUCGUUAAUUACUAUCUAAAUGAUAGAUAGUCGUUAGUGAUAAUGUUAGGCACUAAUAAUAAUGUACAAUAACACCCUCUCUGCCUUAGUGAUGCUAUUCUUACCCCUAAUGCUAUGACGAAAUAUCACAUUAGAACGAAAUUAUAAUGUAUCUUGUAAAUACGAAUUCUUAUGCUGAUGUGUAAUAUAUCUGCACUAUGGAAAACUUAAAAUUCCUAACAAUGGUCCAAACUUCACUCGCUUUCUUAUUUGUACUAUACGAUUAUACAAUUAUCUCUAUUUAGAUAAAGAAAUAAUUAAUUAGUCUAGUAUAAAACUUAUGCUUUAAUUUUAUUUUAAUAGAUGUAAAUCAUGUAUUUGUCGAAAUGCUUAAUUUUCAUAAUCAAAAGUUUUAUGAAAAAGGUGGAUACCAAAUGCAGUAUUUUUAUUUUGUACUCUACAUCUUUGUACCCGAA